AUGGUAGUGGGACCGGAUAUUUUACCUCUUUUCAUGGAUUUGCGGGGACGUUUAGAGUUUUUUGGAGGUGUGCAUGAUGUAAAGGAUUCGGUAUCUUGGUCUCUUGAUCCGGAGAAGGGUUUUACGGUUUCUUUGUGUUAUUCUCUCUAUGCUAUCUCGCGUAUUCCUAGUGGUCCUCUUAAUAGGUGUGAUGGGACUUUAGAAAUUAUUUGGAAGAUGGAGGUUCCUUUUAAGAUUAAAGCUUUUGGAUGGAGACUUUUUGUUGAUAGACUACCCACUAAAGAUCACUUGAUGAACCAUAUCUUUUGUAAGUGCAAUGUGACUAAGAUUGUUUGGAGGAACAUUGCUUCUUGGGUUGAUUUUUCGGGUUUGGAGGAGAAAGAGUGUCUUCCGUUUUUUAUGGAAUGGUACUCUCUUAGCCGUGUAAAAAAGAUUAAAGAAGGCAAAUUGGGAGGUGUUUUGAUUAGCCACUUUUUGGAUUAUUUGGUUAACAAAGAAGGUUUUUGUUUUAGGAAUGAGGUUUGGAACAUUAACAACAUGGUGUGGAAUAUUAAAAUUUUGGUUUGGAGAUGGUCUUCUUUCAGUGAUAUUACUCACUCCAAUUAUAGCUUUUACGAUUUUAGCAAAGACCAUUUGUCUUCUAUGUCGUAA